AUGAUCCCCAUCCCGAACCCCGAAGACUACGACGUCUCUCCCCGAAAUGGCUUCCUCCCGACCGAACCACCGCUCGAGGCCCUCCCUGAUUCCUACUACAGCCCGUGGGAGCACGCCGUCAAGAAUUUACAAGGCCUGAUCUUGAGCAAGAGAUUACGAGAAGUGGUAGAUCGCCUCCCCGUCCUCACCACAGACCGAUUGUUCGGCGAGGCGCAAUGGCGAAGAGCAUACAGCGUGCUGGCCUUCAUCGCCCACGCCUACAUCUGGGGCGGCAACAAGCCGGCUGAAAGAGUGCCGCCCCCCAUCACCAUCCCCUUCCUCUCUGUUUGCGAGCACCUGCAACUGCCGCCAGUUGCCACCUACGCCGGCCUCGUGCUCUGGAACUGGAAGCCCAUCUUCGACACCGAGCGAGUCGACACGCUCGCCAACCUCGACAUCAUCGACACCUUUACAGGUUCUCUGGACGAGAAAUGGUUCUAUCUCAUCAGCGUCGCCAUCGAAGCCAAAGGCGGCCCUCUCAUCCCGCUCAUGCUGCAAGCCAUCGAGUCCGCGAGUCGCGGGAAUCGCGCAGCCGUCACUCAGAGCCUGCGCACAUUCGCGGAACGACUCGACGACAUCGGCAUCACGCUGACCCGCAUGUACGACGAUUGCGAUCCUCACAUUUUCUACAACCGCAUACGUCCAUUCUUGGCUGGCGGCAAGGGAAUGGCGGACGCUGGCCUUCCGAACGGAGUCAUCUUCGACAACGGCGGGCCCAUCAAUAAGCAGCGUUACGUGCAAUUCAGCGGCGGCAGCAAUGCCCAAUCCAGCGUGAUUCAGUUCUUCGACUUGGUCCUAAGCAUCGAACACCGUCCAACAGGAGAGGAAACAAAAUCAGAUCCAUCAGCCGACAAAUCCCACAAACCCAAAGCACCCCCCUCCAACUUCAUCCACGAAAUGCGAAAGUACAUGCCGGGCCCCCACGCCCGCUUCUUGGAGCAGGUAGCCGCGGUCGCCAACCUCCGCCACUUCGUCCAACAGCACUCCUACGACCGCGACCUGACCGUCGCCUUUGACGCAUGUCUCGCCAUGCUGAGCGCGCUGCGCGACAAGCAUAUCCAGAUGGUCAGCCGGUACAUAGUCAUCCAAAGCCAUGCAGCGAAGAAAACGCAGCAGCAGCAGCAGCAGCAGGAUGCACCGCACGCACCGAACCAAGCGACAAAACUAAACCUCGCACACCGCCCGAAACAACCUUCCGCGGACGGCAAAGAGGACAAAGAGCUCAAGCGCGAUCUCAAAGGUACAGGUGGCUCGUCACUCAUUCCGUUCCUGCGCCAGGCGAGAGAGGAGACAGGCGAGCCGGCGGUGGAUGUGUGGGCGCGGAGGGUGCUUAGCAGGAAACGAGGCGACGAGCUGGAGAUUGGAGGCGCUGAUGAGGACCAUUGGAGGACGCAGGGCAUUUCGGGCGUUUGGCAGCUGUCGGACAGCGAUGGGGGAUUGUGUUACAAUUAG